GCUCUCUAGCGCUCAUCUGGCCCUGCUCCGCUGCAGCUGCUCGGUCAACGAAUGGCAUCUUUCUCGACAUCACGGGGCUGAAAACCCCACUCCGCUGAUGAUUAAUUUAUAGCUUUAACACACAGCAGGUUGCAGAAAAUCUGAUCGUUUUCCAAAACGGCCCGGUUUCCAGCCAUAUGAAUAAAAAAACAGUAUACCCCGUUUUUUGUCGAUGACAGGGACUCGCUAUUCAACCAGCAUGAAAUAAUUCUAUUGCAUGAAGGAAUUGGAGCCGGGAAAGACAGCAUGAAGUUACAAAUCUCCGGUCUUUUGCUCGUAACUGCAGUAGCCUAUGCAACGAUAGAAGCUCCUGAGGAGUUUGUCUCACUGGCUGAGAUGGAGGACACGUUGUUGAGGAAUCUUUUUCGGGGCUAUCAGAAGUGGGUGAGACCUAUCCUUCACGCCAACGACACGAUUACCGUUCGCUUUGGUCUGAAGAUCUCGCAGCUGGUGGAUGUGGAUGAAAAGAAUCAACUAAUGACGACAAAUGUCUGGUUGUGGCAGGAGUGGACAGACUAUAAGCUUCGGUGGAAUCCGGAAGAUUACGGUGGAAUCACAUCCAUCAGAGUGCCCUCAGAAACCAUCUGGCUACCAGACAUUGUCCUUUACGAGAAUGCUGAUGGCCGAUUUGAGGGUUCUCUGAUGACCAAAGCCAUUGUAAGGUUUAAUGGUACCAUCAUGUGGACUCCUCCUGCCAGCUAUAAAUCCUCCUGUACCAUGGAUGUCACCUUUUUCCCCUUCGACAGGCAGAACUGCUCGAUGAAGUUUGGAUCGUGGACAUACGAUGGCACUAUGGUGGACCUGACUCUGUUAGACGCAUAUGUAGACCGUAAAGACUUCUUUGACAAUGGCGAAUGGGAAAUACUCAACGCCACCGGCCAGAGAGGAAGUCGGCGUGACGGCAUUUACUCUUAUCCUUACGUCACAUAUUCGUUCAUUCUGAAACGUCUUCCUCUGUUUUACACACUCUUUCUCAUCAUCCCAUGUCUGGGUCUGUCGUUUCUCACGGUUCUGGUCUUCUACCUCCCCUCGGAUGAAGGAGAAAAGCUGUCCCUCUCCACCUCCGUCCUUGUGUCUCUCACUGUGUUUCUUCUUGUCAUCGAAGAGAUCAUUCCAUCUUCCUCUAAAGUCAUUCCUCUGAUUGGAGAGUAUCUGCUUUUUAUCAUGAUCUUCGUCACAUUCUCGAUCAUCGUGACUGUGUUCGUCAUCAACGUCCAUCAUCGUUCUUCUGCCACGUACCAUCCAAUGGCGCCGUGGGUUAAGAGUCUUUUCCUUCAGAGAUUACCCAGACUGCUCUGCAUGAGGGGACAUACUGAUCGCUAUCAGUACCCAGACAUCGAGCUGCGGAGCCCAGAGCUAAAACGAGGGAUGAAGAAAGGGCAACAGAAGAGUGCCGGAGGAGGGCGAGGAGGGUUAAAGGAAGAUGAGAAUCAGGCCUGGAUUGCUCUGUUGGAGAAAGCCACUCACUCAGUGCACUACAUUUCCAGACACAUCAAGAAGGAACACUUCAUCAGAGAGGUUGUUCAGGAUUGGAAGUUUGUGGCUCAGGUAUUGGACCGGAUCUUCCUCUGGGUCUUUCUUACAGUUUCUGUGCUUGGGACCAUCCUCAUCUUCACCCCAGCUCUGCACAUGUACCUCAGCACAUAAAAAAAACAGCCUACCAAAUCUCCUUUACCCUCGACAACAUUCUUAUGACCCCUCUGAAAUAUAUAGUUCCCACAAUAUCACAGGAAUCCUUCUAAACGUCAUUUUCUGACCUAGCCACAUCUGUAAUCCUCCUAAAAUUCAGCUCCUAGCUCUCCUUUCAACUGUGAAAAAAAAGUCAAACUUUUAAAACAUUUUCAGCCCGUUUAACACAUAACUAAGAAUCAUCUUAUGAAGUUGGGGUUGUUUGGAUUUGUGUAAUCUCUCCAAAUGGGUCAUGGGUUUAAAGAUCUUUAAUAAUUUGACUUUACUGUGAUGUAAAAGGUGUAACCACAUCUUUAUCUUUUAUUUAUUUAGGUUGGGUAAAAAUUGUGUCAGUGUUCAUUUACGUUAUAUUUUACAGUAAUAUUUUAUCAUUCCGGUCAUUAGGAAACAAACCUAUUCAAUAGAUUAAAAUUUCAAUCUGUAUGCAAUAAAUAUUUAUUUUUUACACUAUACAGAUAUUACUCUGGAUGAUGAUAGCAUGGAGAAGAUUAGUAGAUUGGAUAGUAAUUAUGUGAAAUUAUAACAGUAUCUCUAUUAUUGGGACAGGUUCCUUACUGUACAGUCUUGCAUAUAUUGUCCUAGUUUUUAGUACUGUUAAAUGCAUGUAGUAUCAUGCCUUUGGAUGACAGUAUGCAUAUGUAAAUGUUAUGCAGAUGAGGCCAUGCAUAAUACAAAGUGCAUGUGUAUGUAUCUACAAUCUUCCACAAUCUGGGAUUUAUAAAAAAAAGACAUUUACACAGAUGCAUAUACUGUAUGGUGCAUAUAUGGAUUUAUAAAUCUCAAUAUCUCCCAUUUGUGCUUAUAGGAUGAAGUCUACACCACAUGUUAAACAUUCUUAUCCCUAAAUCCUUGGAGAUACUGUCGCUGAUUCAAGUGGGAGAGAUUACUUGAUCACAGCUUGUGUUUGGCAUCAUAAGCAAGGACUUUAUUAUGAUAUCCAUCUUUAUUUCUGUUGAUUCACACUGGUCAGUAAAUGGAAAUGUCAUUGUA